UGCGAUUUCAGGAGUAGGUGAAAUAAUAAAAUGACUAUUGUUCUUCAGUAGCAGCUGAUGAAAAUUACGUCAGUUGGCCGCUGUUACUCAUAGUGGUCAUUGGGGACGUUUUUUGUUCCUUCAAGUUCAUGAUAUGAUGAUAAAUUAACAAAAGUGUCAAAGCGAUUCUAUUACGAAUAUUUCGAGAUUCUUAUUCGCUCGAUCGAUUUGUGAAAAUGUCUGACAUUGAGGAAUAUUACGUGGAAAUUCUUCGACUGGUUAAAGAAGCCGGUUCGUAUUAUUGCAUCGUAAUGCACAAGUAAUGGAAAUUAAUUCUGAAACAUUUACAAAACAUUAUCGUUAAAUUAUAAUAAGAUUUGACAGAUAAAAAUUGUGGAAACUAUGGAGAAAAGAAAAAAUAAAAACAACAAAAAAAGAGCAACAAAUGUAGAUAUAUACAUACAUAAGAUAAGGAGAUAAUAAAGAAAUGUAAAUCAUAUUGCUUAGAUUGUGAGAGAGAAGAUAUAUCAAUGUAAAAAUGCAAUGACAAAAUCAUGCGAUGUGGAUCUCGUUACGGAGUGGGAUCAAAAGGUUGAAAAACUUCUCAUAGAUGGUAUAUCCUCGAAGUUUCCAGAUCACAAAUUCAUUGGUGAGGAAACCACAUCUUUGGGUAAAAAAGCAGAAUUAACAGAUGCGCCAACAUGGAUCAUAGAUCCAAUUGAUGGCACUAUGAAUUUCGUUCAUGGUUUACCGCAUACGUGCAUAUCAGUUGGUUUACAUAUAGGAAAAGUUGCAGAAAUCGGUGUUGUUUACAAUCCUAUUUUAGAACAGCUAUUUACAGCUUGCAAAGGCAAAGGUGCUUUUUUGAAUGGUGCUCCAAUACGAGUUUCUGGCCAAAAAGAGUUACGCAAAGCCUUGAUAAUGGUAGAAAUGGGUACAAGUAGAGAUCCCGAGAAAAUGAAAGUCGUCUUUCAAAAUGUUAAUAUUCUGAUACCACAGAUCCAUGGGAUGAGAGCAUUAGGAUCAGCGGCUUUGAAUAUGUGUAUGGUUGCACUUGGUGGUGCUGAUAUUUGCUUUGAAUAUGGAAUUCAUGCUUGGGACAUUGCAGCUGGUGAUCUUAUCGUCAGAGAAGCAGGAGGUGUUUGUAUAGAUCCAGCAGGAGGACCAUUUGAUGUUAUGAGUAGAAGAGUAUUAUGUGCAUCGUCCAUGGAAUUAGCUCAAGAAUUAUGUAAACAACUUGUACAGUAUUAUCCGGAACGAGAUUGAAGAUACGUAUGAUAACAAAGUGAUCAUUCUUUUUUUUUCGUCUUGUAUUUACUUAUUCGGUUGUACUUAUACCAAAGACUCCAAUUGUAUGUGUGUGUCUGUGUGUGUGUGUGCAUGUAUUAUACAUGAUAAUUCUUACAAAUUGUUUUAUAAUAUAGUAUUAAUAAAAAUGAAAAUAAAGAAAGAUUGUUUUAAAUCUUA